AUGCGGUCCUCUUUGACGACGGUGCUACGGCACCUCCUCUUCGCGACUCUCGCGGGGACAUCCCGCGCUUUCCUUGGUGUUCAAGAUGAUAGGUUAGUUCUUGGUAUUAACAAUGGGUAUUCAGGUGUUUGUUAUACGUACGUAUCCGUCUAUCCAGUCCUUGCCGAUAUUCCCGACUACAUCACCGUCACACGAUCAUACAAGGGCUCAGUCAAGACUCUACAAACCGUUCCUCCGCAGGGGGAUGAACCAGGUAUUGUCAUCGUUCAGGAGCCGGGCGGUACUUCAUCACCAGAGAACACAAUCAUUUCAGCAUCAGAUGGGGGUUCUUACGUGAUUACACUUCGCCCACAUAAGGGAUCAGUUCCGAUUACUUCAGCCAUCACAAGGGUCAUUCCACCAACGGAUGGUAACCCUGGAGAGGUCAUUAUCGAAACCCCAGGCGAUGGCACUUACGAAACCCUUCAACCACUUACUCUCGAACCUCACGGCACAUCUGGAUAUGUCACAGUUCUCCAGCCACUUGCUAACGCAGAACUCUCAUCCAUUGAAUGGAUUACUCUCUCGCCCAGCGGAGGACAACGUGGUUCAGUCAUUAUCCACGUUCCUUCCAACACACUCACUAGAGGCAAGCUCGAACCUCUCACACUCGAGCCUGCUAAGAUCGGUGGUUAUGUCACCGUCAUCGAGGCGCAUGAAACAAUUUCAACAGUCAUCCGCGUGACUAUCGAACCGAGCGGCAAAAAUCCCGGUACGGUUCUUAUUCAAACACCAGCUUUGGCUUCUCUCCAAGCUCUGGGACGCAUCGAGGCCCAGACAAUCACUCUACAACCUGAAGACGCGACUGGUUAUGUCACUAUUAUCGAACCAGCUGAGGGAGACGUCACACCCACAGCUCCUAUUAGAAUUACUAUUCCUCCGACUGGCACCAAGCUCGGCACUGUUUUGAUUCAAACACCCCCUGGAGUUAACAACGCCGAUCAGGGAGGACCAAAGGCUACUCUACCACCAGGUGCCACGGCUCCACCAGGAGGCUCAGAUUCUGAUGGAUCAGUAUCUUAUACUACCAUCACCCGAGUUGUCACGGACCUCGACCUUGGUGAUGGUGGUUCAGGCGGUGGGUCUGGUAACGGAUCGGGUGACAACUCUGGUGAUGACGGAAACGGCAAUGCUGCAGCUGGAGGCGACAGCAACGACGAUAACGGACCACGACAAACGGUCACGAUUCCUCCCGAAAACGGCAACCCAGGAACCGUUCUCAUUCUCAGGCCAGGACGCUCAGGCGAUUCUGCCACUGGGCAAGACGGUCAAGACAACGCCGUGGAAAGCUUGUCUGGAGAUGCCCAGCAGUCUGACUCCGCCAAUGGAGACUCUGAUGAUGAAGAUUCAGAGUAUGGGAGAAUAGAGUAUGACGGUGAGGAAGAUUCAGAUGAUCAGUCUGGCGAUUCAAACUCUCCUGGUGCCAACGCAGGCGCUGAUGGCUCAGACGGCGACAAUGGCGACGGAUCUUCCGGCUCUGGCUCAGGUUCCGGGUCGAACUCUGGCAAUGGCUCUGGUCGACAAGGCCAAGGCAAUGAUUCAGGAGACAACAACUCAACUGGAAGUGAUGGAAACUCAGGAGGAGAUGCCCAAGGAGGCAGCGGCUCUGGAAGCAAUGAUCCCGACGAUCCCAACUUCCGCGAUGGCCACGGCAAGCACAAUGGAAACCAUGACGACUCCGAUGGCCAGAGGGGUGGCUCUUCAAAUAAUAACUCUGCAGGAAGCGGAUCUGGAGAUGGUAGCUCCAGUGAUGGAGGUAGCCAGGGAUCCGGAGGAAACGGAGGUUCUGGAGGCGACAAUGGUCAAAACAACUCUGGAAACGGAAAUUCAGGGUCUAACAACGGCUCCGGAAACAACGGAUCUUCUGGAUCUGGAAACUCUUCUGGUGGCUCCAACUCUGGAAACGGUCAGUCCGGCAGCGGCAACCAGUCUGGGGGUUCAGGCAAUGACGGAGGCUCCUCGAAUAACUCAGGCGGCUCUGAUUCUUCCUCCACUGGCGAAGUUGAGAAUAAUGACUCUGGAGAUGGCUCUUCAAGGGGCAGCUCUGGAGGCAGUUCUGGAGAUGGCAAUGACUCUGGUUCCGGUUCAGGGUCUGGGGCUGGCUCCAACUCAAACAAUGGCAGUGGUUCCGGAGGGUCUGGUUCAGGGAGCAACAACAACAACAACAACAACAACAACAACAACAAUGGUGGCUCUGGUCAAGACAACUCUGAUGGCCAGUCUUCUGGAAAUAGCAACUCUGGAGGUAGUGGAUCUGGCUCCAACAAUGGUGGCAACGGCUCUGGUGGUGGUGGCUCCGGCUCAGGAUCCAACGACGAUGACUCUGGAGACGGCACCAAUGGAAACACGAGCGGGUCAGGAAACCCUGGUAGUGGAUCGGGAUCAGGAGAUAAUAACUCCGGUUCUGGCUCAGGCAAUAACAACUCUGGCUCCGGACAAGGAGGCAACUCCAACUCUGGGGGCAACGGAUCUGGCUCAGGUGGCAACAAGCCUUCCUCGACACAUGGUUACGAUGGGCCAGAUGGAAAACACAAGCCCGGUGGGCCUGAAGAAACCAACUCUGGCUCAGGAUCUGGAGGGUCCGGCAGCAAUAACGGAGGCAGUGGCCCCGGAAACAACGGGUCUGGGUCCGGGUCAUCAGGAGGUAACAAUUCUUCCGGUGGCAAUGGAUCUGGAUCUGGAUCUGGAUCUUCAGAUGGUAGUGGCUCUGGCUCUGGAUCAGGUAACAACAACUCUGGAGGCAACGGUUCGGGGUCCAACAACAACGGAAGUGGCUCUAGUGGAAACAAUGGCGGCUCUUCCGGUGGCAGUGGACCUGGCAACGGCUCCUCUGGAGGAAAUGGAUCUUCAGGUGGAAACGGACCUGGAUCUAAUGACAAAGGCAAUGGGUCUGGUUCAGGCUCAUCCGGAAACAAUGGGUCUGGUUCUGGUAGCAAUGGUUCCUCCGGGGGUAGCCAAUCAGGAACUCCUCAGGGCGGAGGCAACUCCGGUUCGGGUUCCUCAGGGGGCAGUGGAUCUGGAUCCAACAACAGCGGCAGUGGCUCGCAAGGUGGAUCUGGAUCGGGCUCAUCAGGGUCUGGAUCUGGCGGAAACGGAAACGGAAACGGUUCCUCUGGGGGUGACAACAGCGCCUCUGGUGGAAGUGGAUCUGGAUCCGGCAACAACGGGUCCUCCGGAGGUAACGGCAACACCUCUUCGGGGGGUUCUGGAUCAGGGUCAGGAAACAAUGGCUCUUCUGGCGGCAGCGGGUCUGGAUCAAACAAUGGCAACGGUAACGGUGGUUCAUCAGGAGGUAGUGGAUCGGGAUCCGGAAAUAACGGCUCAUCUGGAGGGAACGGUAACAACUCCGGAGGUAGCGGAUCCGGGUCUAACAACGGGAACGGAUCUUCCGGCGGCAAUGGCGGCUCCCAAGGUGGAAAUGGAUCUGGUUCUGGAAACAAUGGCUCUUCUGGAGGCAGCGACAACUCUGGAGGGAACGGAUCGGGGUCAAACAAUGGUAACGGCUCGGGAUCUGGAAACAACGGAUCUCCUGGCAACGGAGGAAACGGAAAUGGCUCCUCUGGUGGCAGCAACUCAGGCUCAGGGUCUAACGGUAACGGUGGCGGUUCAUCUGGAGGCAACGGCAACCAGUCCGGAGGCACCAACAACAAUGGUGGCUCUGGCUCUGGGUCCUCCGGAGGUAACGGAUCCGGAUCCGGGUCUGGUAAUGCAUCGCGCUCGGUAUCUGCAUCUCCAAGCCCUGGUGGCAAACUCAACCCCGAUGACGAUAAUAGCUCUGGAGGUGCUGCCCCUACAACUCGAGUCCCCUCAAACAACGGGUCAGGCAACAAUUCUGGCAACAACAACUCCGGUGGUAACAACUCUGGAAGCAACGGAUCUGGAGGCAACAACAACAAUUCUGGUGGCAACGGUAGUUCUGGAGGAAACCCUGGGGGCGACGGAGACGGAAACGGAUCUUCUGGAGGUAAUGGCUCUGGGGCCGGCUCUGUGGCCGGCUCUUCAGCAUCCAGGAGCUCGACUCGUGCCCCUAAUGGCGGCACUACACGACCCCAGCCUCAUCUCCAGACCACAACUACCCGCUACACAGUCACGUCGGGUGGUCAAGUUAUCACACGCACUUCGGUCAUCGUCGAGACAAUCAGCAACUCGGACGACGGAGCUGGUACAUCCAGUCAUCGUUCUGCCGGAGACUCUGGUGGUGGUGAAGAGUCUACUCCCGGCAACGGGCAGGCUCCUUCGGCCACCUUGACACCUGUGGAGCAGAUCAUUCCUUCAGCUGUAACCACCGUUUCAGGCGGAUCGGCUUCAACUAACUCGAGAGCUGGAUCCAGUAUCAGUCAGUCAUCCGCCGGAGGAAACAGCCAAGCCUCCAACUCUGCUGGAAACUCGGCCAACAAUGGUGCUGCAUCCAGUUCUGGUUCUCGAGCUGCUUCUAGCUCUGGAUUUUCACCCAACACUGCAGCAUCUAACGGCAACAGCGGAGCCAGUGGUUCCAAUUCCGCCUCCGCCAGCAAUGGAGGAGCUGCUAAUGGAUCUGGCUUCUCGUCUUCACUUCCAGCCAACACGAGAUUUGCAAGUGGUUCUGCAGCUACUGCUUCAGGCCAAGGAAGUGGUGGAGUUCAGGCAUCCAGAUCCGGGGCUGGAUCUUCUGGUACAGGUACGCCUAACCAGAACAACGGUUCAGGUGGCGAUGAUGACUCUGGCUCAGGAGGUGGAUCCAAUGCUUCGAACACCGCUGGAUCGGCUGGUGGUCGAGCUACCAGCUCUCACUCCAGCUCGCAUGGCUCGCACAGUUCUACUGUCUCGGGCGUAGUGGCUGGAGGUGCCGUGAGCUCGGGAUCCGCAGGUGGCGCUUCAGCAACAGGUAGUUCAAACUCGGCUCACCACUCUGGUUCUGCCCAUGGCUCUUCAAACACAGCACAUGGUGGCAGUCAGGCCUCUCCAUCUGGUGGCUCCGGCCCUGAUGAUGAUUCGGGCGAUGACGAUGGAGUCCAGCAAGGAGGGAAUGGCUCCAACGCCUCUUCCACUGGCGCAUCAGGACACUCAAGCUCAGCUCACCACUCUUCUGGAUCUUGGCAUACUGGUUCUGGCCAUCAGUCAGGUUCUGUUGAUGGAGCCAAUGCUACUGGUGCUCCUCAAGGUGCUGGUGGAUCAGCUCACAGCGCAUCGGCCGGCCAUGGCACCCACACUGGUGGCAACUCAGCGUCUCCCUCCAGCGGCCAAGGCCAACAGUCUGGAGAUGAUGACGAGGAAGAAGAGAACAAUGACCCCGAUUCAGGUAGUUCUGAUACUGCUCAUACUUCAGGAACUGGCGCCCAUGGCUCUGCCCAUAGUACAUCUCACACCGUUUCGGCUCACGUCAAUAACGCCUCUGGAACACACGCAUCAGGUGCUAGCGCUUCUGCGACUGGUGUUGGUACUGGUGGCGACGGUGACGGCGACGGCGACGAAGAUGGUGGUGAUGAUGACGGUGGAUCUGGAAACCAAGCUUCUCACACAGGUUCAGGCUCUGCCCACUCGGCUCACGGAACUGCCACAGGAGCUUCGGGAGACUCGCAUGGAGCCUCUCAUUCGAGCAGUUCAGGUGCUUCCCAUGCUUCCGGCACAGGUGUAGCUGGUGUCGGCGAUGGAGAUGGCGAUGACAACUCUGGAGAUGACGACAGUUCUGAAACUGCAACCGACGACGACACUGCUUUCCUCACACCCGAGGUCCCAGUUCCUACUGGCGUCCCCUCAGAAGAUGGUGAUGACGACAAUUCAGGAGCUGCCCAAACCGAGACAGACGACUCUGGUGCUGGGUCUGUGACUGAUGAUGAGACUGCUUUCAUUACGCCCCAAGUUCCAGUGCCCAGUGGAUUCUUAACUAGUGCUGAUGGUGGUGAUGAUGAUGAUGAUACCGCCUCCGCAACUCAGGAUGAUGUAGGCUCUGACGGGUCCACUACCGACGACGCAGAUGCUGGAGGGACUGGCACUGGAGACGAUGACGGAUCUGCAAGCGAAACCGAAGACUCUGGGUCAACAGCAACUACUUCUGGAGCUGGCUUUGAUGACGAAGAUGAAGAUGAAGAUGAUGCUAGUUCAGGCAUCACAAGCUUCACUUCUGGAGCCGCAGCUACCGGAGCUCAUCAUGGCGCUACAACCAUCCCAGCGACAAACGGUGGCAACGUCACCAUUUACAGACCUGGUGCUCGCCUCGCCUUCCACACUAUCUACAUCCCGCCCACAUCUACUGAGCCAGGAACCGUUAUCAUUGAGACGCCAACCAUGGGCCCUCUGGCCAGCGGCGGUGCUUCUGCCUCGGACGGUGCGAAGCCUAACGUUACCAUCUACAGUGGUGGAUCUGGGUCGGUCACUUAUACGUCCUUUAUCCCCGCCACUGGAACUGAUGAGGCCGGCACUGUUAUUAUCGUGACGCCUACUUCAGACCCCGACGAUGAGACUGAUGGGGAUAUCACCGGGUCUGUGAGCACAAGGCACCACGUUACCAUCAUCAGCGGCGGCCCAGGCUCUGUUGCAUAUACAACCUACUAUCCCCCGGCCAAUUCGGAUGAGCAGGGCACAGUUGUCAUUGUCACCCCGACUGCAGACCCUGGUGACGAUGAUGAUGGCGCUAUAGCCACAGAUGAUGAUGGUAAUUUAGAAGCCACUGGAACCGACGGCUCUCCUGAAGACGGCGAGACUGGAAGCAACUCUUUCAGCAUCAGGCCCAAUGUUACCGUCUACAGCACUGGCACUGGAUCUGUCGGUCACACGACUUUCCUGCCAGCUACUGCCUCCAACGAAGCAGGCACAGUUAUCAUUGUGCGUCCAGCUGGCGAUGCCACUGAGACCGACGAUGGGGCCGGUAGCCCUACUGUGACCGUCUACAGUGGAGGUCCAGGCGUGACAGGCUAUACCACCUACGUCCCCCCCGCAGCCUCGGGCGAGGCCGGUACUCUCUAUAUCAUCACGCCAACUUCGGGCCCUGAAGCCGAGACUGGGGAUGGAGAUGACACCCUAACUGUGACAGUGUACAGCGGUGGCCCUGGCUCAACGGCUCACAGCACCUAUGUCCGCGGUGCUUCGGGUGAAGCUGGAACCCUCUACAUCGUCACUCCUACUGGUGGCUCUCUCAGUCACACAUCCGGGCAUACUGAUAGCCACACUGAUCGACCUACUGUCACUAUUUACAGUGGUGGUUCUGGUUCAACUACUCGCACGACCUAUGUUGCCCCAACUGGCACAGAUGAAGACGGAACUCUCUACAUCGUCACUCCCACAUCUGGCCCAGAAGCCGAGACUGACGAUGCAGAUGAUGAACCAACCGUCACUGUGUACAGCGGUGGCCCUGGUUCCAGUGGCCACAUUACCUUUGUUCCCGGCGUAUCGGGCGAACCGGGCACUCUUUACAUCGUCACCCCGACUUCUGGUCCUGAAGCUGAGACCGAGGACGGAGGCAAUAACCCUACUGUCACUGUGUAUAGUGGAGGUACUGGCUCGAGCGGUUAUACCACUUACGUCCCUGCAGCCGAGUCUGGGGAAGCUGGAACGCUCUAUAUCGUUACGCCGACUGCCGGUUCAGGCGAAACCGUCACCAUACGCAGUGGCGGCCCCGGAUCAACAGGUCAUACCACUCAUGUGCCCGGUGUCUCGGGCGAGCCAGGAACUCUUUACAUCGUUACUCCAACAUCUGACCCUGAAGCUGAGACCGGGGAUGGAGACGACAGCCCGACUGUCACCAUCUACAGCGGCGGCGCAGGCUCGAGUGGCUAUACUACUUAUGUCCCUGCGGCUGAAUCUGGCGAGCCCGGAACACUUUACAUUGUCACGCCGACUGCUGGCACCCAUGCCCACUCUGGUAGCAGCCAUACCGGAGCCCAUACUGUCACUGUACACAGUGGUGGCCCUGGAGCAACUGGCCACACCACGUAUGUGCCGGGCGUUUCAGGGGAACCAGGAACUCUUUACAUCGUCACGCCCACCUCUGGUCCUGAGGCAGAGACUGAUGAUGGAGAUGAUGGCGCCCCUACAGUCACCGUCUACAGCGGUGGUUCAGGCUCAAGUGGCUACACCACCUAUGUUCCCGGUGUCGACGAUGAACCGGGAACGCUCUAUAUCGUCACGCCAACUGGCGAUUCCGAGACUGACUCUGAUGACCAGCCUACUGUCACUAUCUUCAGCGGUGGACCCGGGUCGACGGGACACACUACCUAUGUUGCAGGAGUCUCAGGCCAACCUGGUACUCUUUACAUCGUUACACCCACUGCUGGCGCGACUGGAGACGAUGAUGAAGAUCCCGAAACUCAGACUGGCAGGCCUACCGUGACCAUCUACAGCGGUGGCCCUGGCUCCAUGGCGCACUCUACUUACGUAUCUGGCGUUUCGGGCGAGCCUGGCACUCUUUACAUAGUCACACCUACCGCUGGUGUCACUGGCACAGAUAUUGACGACGCCAAUGAGACUGAUGGCCCUACUGUUACUGUCUAUAGCGGUGGACCUGGCGCAACUGCGCACUCGACCUUCAUCUCUGGGGUUUCAGGGCAGCCUGGCACUCUCUAUAUCGUCACGCCUACUUCUGGUGUUACCGAGACCGACGAUGCAGGCGAGGUCAGCCCAACGGGAGCUGGUAAUGUUACUAUCUUUGCUGGUGGGUCUGAUUCAACCAGGUAUACUAACUAUAUCCCCCCGACUGCUCCUGGAGAACCAGGAACUCUGGUCAUCAUCACCCCCACUGGUAGCGCGUCUGCUACCGAGGGCAAUUCAGGAAGCCCAACUGUCACCGUUUACAGCGGCGGCCCUGGUUCAACAGCACACUCGACCUAUGUUCCAGGCGAAGAUGGGGAGCCAGGCACCCUGUAUAUCAUCACGCCUACCUCCGCUGCUGCCGAGACUGAUGAUGACUCCGGAGCUCCUACCGUCACUAUCUUCAGUGGAGGCCCAGGGUCUACUGGACAUACUACGUACGUGCCAGGUCUGUCAGGCGAACCGGGAACCCUCUAUAUCGUUACGCCAACUUCUGGAGCUUCCCCAACCGAUGAUGAUGAUGAGGCUCCAACUGUCACCAUCUUCAGCGGAGGCCCUGGUUCUACCAGGCAUAGCACUUACCUCGCACCAGCCGAGUCCGGUCAGGCAGGCACUCUCAUCAUUAUAACGCCUACAGAUGCAUCUGCGACCAAUGACGAAGACUCAGAAACUCCCACAGUCACCGUGUACAGUGGAGGACCUGGAUCUACAGCGCACACGACGUAUGUUCCUGGUGAGGACGACGAGCCGGGCACACUCUACAUCAUUACACCGACUUCCGGGCCCGCUGCGACGGAUGACGACGAUGAUACUCCAACUGUCACGGUCUUCAGUGGAGGAUCCGGUGCAACCGCUCACAGCACCUACGUGCCAGGCAUUUCCAACCAGCCCGGAACAUUAUACAUCGUCACGCCCACGGGCGCAUCUGCCACAGAUGAUGAGGACUCGGAUGUUCCUACGGUUACUAUUUAUAGCGGCGGACCCGGCUCGACAGCGCACAGCACCUACGUUCCAGGUGAAGACGAUGAGCCAGGCACCCUCUAUAUCAUCACUCCUACCUCUGGUCCGUCAGCCACAGAUGACGAUGACUCAGGGUCUCCUACCGUUACCGUGUACAGCGGAGGUCCAGGUUCAACUGCGCAUUCCACGUAUGUUGCUGGUGUUUCUGGCCAACCAGGAACCCUUUAUGUGGUAACUCCUACUUCUGGAGCCUCUGCCACGGAUGACGAGGACGCUGGCAGCCCUACGGUCACCGUCUACACUGGAGGCCCAGGCUCCACGGGUCACACGACUUAUCUGCCUCCAGCAGCUUCAGGCGAGCCAGGAACCCUCGUUAUCGUCACCCCUAUGGGCGGAGCAUCUGCAACAGACGACGACAACGUCGGAACUCCCACCGUUACGGUCUAUAGUGGAGGACCAGGCUCAACCGCACACACAACUUAUGUCGCAGGCAAAGAUGGUGAGCCAGGAACUCUAUACAUCGUCACGCCCACUUCUGGAGCCUCCGAGACAGAUGAUGAUGACUCAGGAAGCCCUACGGUCACCGUUUUCAGUGGUGGGCCAGGCUCAGUCGGACAUACCACCUAUGUGGCUGGCGUUUCAGGACAACCCGGAACCAUUUUCAUUGUUACCCCUACAUCUGAUCCCUCUGCUACAGAAGACGAUGAUUCCGAAACCGUCACCGUCGUUAACGGAGGCCCGGGUGUAUCUGGACACACUACUUAUGUCCCAGGAAUCUCAGGUCAGCCCGGGACUCUAUUCAUCGUCACUCCGACGCCCGGCGCCUCUGAGACGGACGACGACGAUGGCUCAGGAAGUCCUACAGUCACCGUCUUCAGUGGCGGGCCAGGCUCAGUCGGGCACACUACAUAUGUGGCCGGUAUUUCAGGGCAACCCGGAACACUCUUCAUCGUUACCCCUACAUCUGAUCCCUCUACUACAGAUAACGACGAUUCCGAAACCGUCACCGUGGUUAGCGGGGGUUCAGGCUCAUCUGGAUACACUACCUAUGUCCCAGGCAUCUCUGGUCAACCCGGGACUCUGUUCAUCGUCACUCCGACUUCCGGCGCCUCUGAGACGGACGACGACGAUGGCUCCGGAAGUCCCACUGUCACUGUCUUCAGUGGUGGGCCGGGCACUGUUGGGCACACCACCUACGUCCCUGGCGAAAACAAUGAGCCCGGAACCCUUUUCAUUGUCACACCCACAUCUGGCCCCUCUGCAACGGAUGAUGAUGAUUCUGGAAGCCCGACCGUCACUAUUUACAGCGGUGGACCUGGCUCAACAGCUCACAGCACGUAUGUUUCGGGGGUCUCUGGGGAGCCUGGAACUCUUUAUAUCGUUACACCGACUACCGGCUCUCACAGUUACACUACUGGGUAUCAUGGAGCCGGUGAAACGGUUACUAUCUACAGUGGAGGUCCCGGGUCAACUUCGCACUCGACUUACCUCUCUCCAGAAGCAUCAGGCGAGCCAGGCACUCUCAUCAUCGUUACCCCCACCUCCGGCGCCACUGCUGGUGUUGAAGAUGAUGAUGACGAAGUGACUGGAACCCACACUGGAACUCACACUGGACACCACACUGGAGAUCAGACCGUUACUAUUUAUACUGGUGGCUCUGGGUCAUCUGCUCACUCGACCUACGUCCCUCCAGCCGAGUCUGGUGAGCCCGGAACUCUCAUCAUCGUGACACCCACAUCCGGCUCUCACACUUCUCAUCAUGACACUGAGACGGGUAGCCAUACUGGAAGACACACCGUUACUGUCCACAGUGGUGGCCCUGGCUCUUCAGCGCACACUAGCUAUGUUCCAGGUGAAGAUGGUGAGCCCGGAACCCUUUACAUCGUCACCCCAACCUCGGGUCCCGAGGCUUCUGAGGAUGUCGACGACUCGACAUCAGCGACACACACAGUAGCCCACAACAUCACCAUCUUCACCGAGGGACCUGGUUCCACUGCACACACGACAUACAUCCCACCGACAUCGGGCGAGCCCGGCAAGGUGGUCAUUGUCACGCCUGCAUCCAACCCUCGAUCUCAAAGCUCCGACGCCGACGACGACAGUCAGCCAACUGUCACUGUCUUCAGUGGCGGCCCAGGUUCGGUUGCCCACACAACCUACGUCCCCGGCGAGUCAGGUGAACCUGGAACCGUCUUUAUCGUCACACCUACCAGAAGCCCCGCCGCUACCAUUUACAACGGUGGUCCCGGCUCAGUUGCACAAACAACCUACGUGCCAGGCGAGGAUGAUGAACCAGGAACUCUCUACAUCGUUACUCCCACUUCAGGCCCGGGUCGUGCUACUGCCACACUCUACACCGGCGGACCGGGCUCAACUGCCCAUAUCACCUACGUCGCGGGAGAAGAUGGUGAACCUGGAACAGUCUUCAUUGUCACACCUACCACAGGCGCGGGCAGGGCAACGGCUACCGUGUACAGCGGCGGGCCAGGCUCUACCGCCCAUACCACAUAUGUGCCGGGAGAGGACGACGAGCCAGGCACCCUCUACAUCGUCACACCAACUGGUGCUUCUCGAAGCCCCGCCGCUACGAUCUACAGUGGCGGAUCGGGAUCAACUGCACACACCACAUAUGUCCCAGGAGAGGAUGGUGAGCCGGGAACCUUGUAUAUUGUCACACCCACUGGCGCAUCACAAGUCCCUGCCGCUACCGUGUAUAGCGGUGGUUCAGGUUCAACUGCACACACGACGUACAUUCCUGGCGAAGACGACGAGCCAGGAACUCUCUAUAUCGUUACGCCUACUGGUUCUUCGCGAAGCCCUGCUGCUACCGUGUACAGUGGUGGCUCAGGAUCAACGGCGCAUACCACGUAUGUUCCAGGAGAAGACGAUGAGCCCGGAACCUUGUAUAUCGUCACUCCCACCGGCGCUCCUGACAGCCCCACAGUUACUAUAUACAGCGGAGGCCCAGGCUCAACUGCGCAUACUACCUACGUUCCUGGAGAAGAUGAUGAGCCAGGAACCCUCUAUAUCAUCACGCCAACUUCAGACCCAGAAGCUGAGACUUCUGGUCACAACACAGGCUCUACCCACCACACCGUCACCGUCUUCAGCGGAGGCCCUGCUUCAACUGCACACACCACGUAUGUCCCAGGGGCCUCUGGUGAGCCUGGUACUCUUUUCAUCGUGACUCCUACCGUGGGAGCCCCUACCGUUACUGUCUACAGUGGUGGCCCUGCCUCUACUGCCCACAGUACGUAUGUUGCUGGCGAAGACGGCGAGCCCGGCACACUUUACAUCGUUACGCCUACUUCAGGUCCUGAAGCCGAGACCACUGGCGAGGACAGUCCCACUGUCACCGUUUUCAGUGGAGGACCUGGCUCGGUUGGGCACACCACGUAUGUCCCUGGCGCUUCUGGUGAGCCCGGCACUCUUUAUAUCGUCACUCCAACCGGGGGCGAUUCAGACGGCCAAACCGCUACUGUCUACAGUGGUGGACCUGGCACAGCUGCCCACACCACAUACGUGCCUGGAAUUGACGGCGAGGUCGGCACCGUCUUUAUCGUUACGCCAACGGCAAGCGUUUCGGGACGUCAUACCGUCACUAUCCACAGUGGUGGGCCUGCUUCCACGCCACAGACCACAUAUGUGCCAGGUGAAGAUGGCGAGCCCGGCACUCUGUAUAUCGUCACACCCACUGGAAGCUCUUCAGGACGGCAAACCGUUACUCUUCAGAGCGGUGGCUCUGGCUCUGUGGUCUAUACCACUUAUGUCCCUGGCGAAGACGAUGAACCGGGCACUUUGUAUAUCGUUACGCCUACUGGAGCCUCCUCAGGACGUCAAACUGUCACUGUCCAUAGCGGCGGGCCUGCUUCUGAGGCAUACACUACGUACGUGCCAGGUGAAGACGAUGAACCGGGAACUCUUUACAUCGUUACCCCCACUGGAAGCCAUUCAGGAACAGGAACCUCAGCAGAACGCCAUACUGUUACUGUCCACAGUGGCGGGCCUGGCACCGUUGCGCACACAACCUACGUUCCAGGUGAGUUCGAUGAACCAGGAACUCUGUUCAUUGUCACGCCAACUGCAAGCUCCUCGGGCCGCCAUACCGUCACAGUCCAUAGUGGCGGACCCGGAACCGCUGCGUAUACUAUUUAUGUUCCUGGUGAGGACGACGAGCCAGGUACUCUCUUUAUUGUCACACCUACCGCUGCAAGCUCUUCGGGUCGCCACACCGUCACUGUCCACAGCGGCGGUCCCGGUACCGCGGGCCAUACGACCUAUGUUCCAGGUGAAGAUGAUGAGCCAGGCACUCUAUUCAUCGUCACGCCUACAGGGGGUGUUUCAGACAGCCCUACUGUCACGGUGUACAGCGGCGGGCCAGGCACAGUUGGACACACUACAUACGUACCAGGCGACUCAGGGGAACCCGGAACCGUUUUCAUUGUUACCCCCACUGGAGGUGAUGAUGAGAGCCCUACUGUCACCCUCUUCAGUGGAGGACCAGGCUCUACCACCCAUUCUACAUAUGUCACAGGAGCCUCGGGUGAGCCUGGAACACUCUACAUCGUCACUCCUACUUCGGGUCCCGACGCUGAGACUUCUGAUGGUCUCGAUGAUGGGGCGACUGGUAGCCCGAACGUCACCAUCUUUACAGGUGGUCCCGGAUCGGUUGCUCACACGACCUACAUCCCCGGUGAAGACGACGAGCCCGGAACUGUUAUCAUCGUCACGCCUACCUCAGGCCCCGAAACUGACACCUCUGAUGUUGAUGAUGGCAUUACCUCUGAUAGACCUACCGUGACCGUCUUCAGUGGUGGCUCAGGCACAGCUGGUUAUACCAGCUACGUCCCUGGUGAAUCGAACGAUCCGGGAACCGUUUUCAUCGUCACCCCGCAAGGAGAGCCUCAUUCUUCUUCGGGCGGUACACACCACGGAACCACGAUCGCACCGUCUUCCGCCGGUGGCAACGUUACCAUCUACAGAGCUGGCACUCAAUCAACUACAAGAACCAUCUUCGUGCCCCCUACAGCCUCCGAUGAAGCCGGCACCGUCAUUAUCGAGACCCCAACCGCAGGCCCGGGGGAGACAGAAUCUGGAAGCAUCACUUAUACAGAUAGCCACACAGCCGGGCACACCACAGUUGCGCCAGAUCAUGGAAGUGGAAACGUCACCAUCUACAGAGCCGGAACUCGCUCAACUUCACAUACCGUUUUCGAGCCCGCUACUGGAUCCAACGAACCGGGAACCGUCAUCAUCGAGACACCAACGGUGCCUGUCACCAAUUCAGCUGGUGAGACCAUAUCUCCCGAGAUUGCAAACUCGACCAUCAUCCGUGGUGGCCCUCACUCAACGACGCAUACAAUCUUCAUCCCGGCGACAGCUUCCAACGAGCCUGGAACCGUCAUCAUUGAGACGCCCACUGUCCACAUCACUGAUGGACCUACUGAGACCACGACUGACUCUCCUUCUGGCAUCGCCAACGUGACUGUUGUCCGAGGAGGUACUCUCUCAACCACUCAUACGGUCUAUAUCCCUCCAACUGCGUCGAAUGAGCCCGGCACUGUUAUUAUCGAGUUGCCAGUUGUUGGCAUCACGGAUGCACCCAGCGAACCCACUUGGACACCCUCAGACGACGAUGUCACCAUCAUCAGGGAUGGUUCCUUGACAACUACGCACACCAUCUACAUCCCUCCAGCUUCAGGCCAGCCAGGAACAGUCAUCAUUGAGACUCCUACUGCCGUGCUUGCUACCAACUCUGCUGGUGAGACGACGCUGGUGGAUACUCCAGGCCACAACGUCACCGUCUUCAGGGCUGGUACUCGCUCAACCUCGCACACCAUCUAUGAGCCCCCAACUGCAGAUGGUGAACAUGGUACUCUCAUCAUUGAAACUCCCACUGGGGAUCACCACAUUGGAGCAUCGGUCACCAGCCACUCUGGGGAUCAGACUUCUCUCACGCCUCAGGCUGGUGCCUCUUCUGCAGGCCUGUCUUCAGAGACGGGCGCAAGCGAUGGACAUUCAGGCAGUGUCACGUCCUAUACUGGAGCCUCAAGUGAUGAUUCUCAUACAUCUCACACCUCAUCACAUGGAUCCUCACACUCAGAAGAUGCUUCGAGCACAUCUGGUGUUCUUAUCGAUGUCGAGAACAUCUCCAGGAGUUCAUCAUCCGGCGCCGACUCAGGGCCCGGAUCCUCCAGCCAUUCAGAUUCUGCAUCUUCCUCCGCUAGCUCGUCAACUACUUCUAGUGAAAGCUCCGGAGCAUCCACCAGCUCCUCUGCGGAUGUCAGCACGAGCAGUGCCUCAACAAGCUCAGCUCAGGCCAGCACCACUUCCAGUAGUGCCUCGACAAGCGAGCAAGCGAGCACAUCGUCCGCCAGCUCAGCCACCACCAGUAGUUCGGCCGCAGCUUCAACAUCUAGUAGCUCUGCUCCUGUUUCAACUUCCAGCAGUUCCAUCGCAAGCACCUCUUCUAGCGCCGCGACAAGCUCGUCUAGCAGCGCCGCUGCUUCCACCUCUAGCAGUUCCGUUGCGACUACUAGCAGCUCCGUUGUGACUACUAGCAGCUCAAUCUCAACCUCGAGCAGCGUCACAAGCACUUCAGUUAGCAGUAGUUCGUCAAGCAGCUCCUCCAGUUCAUCCACCAGGCCCUCUUCGACUACGAGCUCCAGCUCAUCAAGCACCAGCAGCACAAGUAUCUCAACCACAGCACCACCCACAACCACAAGCAGGAGUUCCACAUCCACCACAUCCACUACCUCAUCCGUCAAGCUCAUGCCCACUUUCGACUGCGACAAGAUGGGUUACGCCCUCGACGGUCGCCAACUCGUCAUGGUCAAUUUCGCCAAUGGAGCAAGAAGCUCGAUUGGGUACAUCGGUACGGACGGUGGGUUCAUCAACGCCAUCGGCUUCAACAAGCUCGACAACUACAUAUAUGCCGUCAUCACCGACCCUCUCCUGGACAUCCUUCUCGGUAGUCUACUUGGCGGCCAGCCUGGCUCGUGGCUCAUGCGUGUUGCAAAGAACGGAAACUGGGAUGUUCUCCCAUAUCGCAUCGACAGCACGAGCAUCACUCUGGGUGACAUCGACGACGUUGGCCGUUUCUGGGUCUCCGAGGGAGGUAGAAAGUAUUUCCAGAUCGACGUCAAUCCCGCAUCUCCAACUUUUGGCAGCACCAUCACGUCUGGUCUCUCGAACAUGGGCAUCUUGUCUGGCGUGGGUGACUGGGCGUUUGUACCGGGAAGCGGAAACUACCUCUACUCGGUGCAGUUCUCGCUCCUCUUCACCGGCAUUCUUUCCACCAAUGUCAUCAAGUUCAAUCUCGACACGAUGAGAUGGGAGCUCCACAAAUCAUGGGGUAUACUCAGCGUUCUAGGCGCCGGUCUCGUCUGGGAUAUUGUAUGGGGAACUUCCGACGGCAUGCUGUACGCUCAAGAGACUAUUCUUGGAACCACCUGGAGGUUCAACAUCCGCAGCCCCAACACCAAUCCAGUUGCUCUGCCUAAGGGUGGAACUCUCCUGGCGUUGACAGGAGACGGUGCCAGGUGUAUUGGUGCAGCAUCAUAA